AUGAGCGGUUCUAGCGACACCAGAUGGCGGGGCGGACCCAGUCGCCAGGGAUCGCAGCGCAACUCGAACAACCGUGAUAAAACAGGAGGACAGGGAAGCGCACGGGAUAACAAUGCUACCUGGGGCGCAUCCAACCCUCCGCAGGAACAGCAUGUUCCUGUACGGGGCUUCAACACCGCAGAGGUCAAGAACGUCCUGAAGGCAGGACCUCAUGAAACCAAGUCGGCGGUGCCCUACAAAUCUCAUUCUAAAGACGGCCCUACCCAACGAUCUACUGCCUGGGGUGCCAAGGCACAAAACAUGGCGAACGGCAGAGACUUCUUCCUGGAGCUUCGGAAACAGAUUACUUCGCUGCAGCGAAGCGGUCCCCCUGUCGGCGGCUGA